CUAAAUUCCAAACUUUCUUUUAAAUUCAAAUGUUCUAUCGUUUUGCUGUAUUUGCAGAAAAACCUGCUGUUCUAGUGGUGUUCCAUCACACAUUUGAUCCAGAGUGCAUUGACAGCAGCAGAGCUGUGGACAGACAGAAUACGCUCACAGUGGACUGUCUGUUCCAUGAGGAUAGAGGACUGCUGCAGUGCAGGAAGAAUGAUGAAGCUCUAGGCGAGGUUGCAGUGUGGCUCAGACGUGUGGUGAGACAUCAAUCAUUACAGCCAUGUGGUCCACAUCAAGAAAGCAAAAGAAUAGCAGAAAUGAAAAUACCCUCUUCACUCCCUGUUAAAGGCUUGAACAUUAAAUGCUACACGAUUGUGCCUGAAAAGAUCAGACAACCUUGGAAAGAGUUUGAGAAUGAACUUCUAAAGCGAAGACGCUUCCUGAAGGAGUCUCCACUGGAGAGGUGUAAAGCCAUUCUAGUUGUCUGUCCUGUUGUUUCACGAGCUGGAACAGACAUUGCAGCGGCACUGCAGACCCUCAACGAAAAAGUUGCAGAUAAACCUGCUGUUCUAGUGGUGCUCCAUCACACAUUUGAUCCAGAGUGGACUGUAUCAGACAGCAGCAGAGCUGUGGACAGACAGAAUACACUCACAGUGGACUGUCUGUUCCAUGAGGAUGGAGGACUGCUGCAGUGCAGGAAGAAUGAUGAAGCUCUAAGUGUGGUUGCAGAGUGGCUCAAAUGUGUGAAAAAAGGAAGACCGCUUCCAUCAAGUGAACCAGAAAGAGAGCUUGAGGCACCUUCAAGUUCAAGGAGAGCUCCAGGAUGUCAGUUUGGAGGAAUUGACCAAGACGGAGAGCAACCUGAAGCUGCAUCUGGGGUUAGGACAGACAGAGAAGGAGGAGAAACAAAUCUGCCACAGGUCAGUCUCCAUCUUGGAAAGCUUAAUUUUUUAACUUGUGUUAUUGGGAACACUCUGGGCUCUCAUGAGGAAUUUGUGAGAAUUCUCUGCAAACGAAGAGCAGAACUGCAGGAGGUGCCUACAGUAGAGGAGUGUGAUGUCAUUCUGGCUUUCUGUCCUGUUGUAUCACUGGCUGGACUUGACACUGAAAAAGCACUGCAACAACCUAAUGAUAUGUCUGGUUCUAAGCCUGCUGUUCUGGUGGUGCUCCAUCACACAUUUGACCCAGAGCUCAUUGUUCCAGACAGCAGCAGAUCAGUAAACAGAGAGAAAACACUCGCAGUGGACUGUCUGUUCCAUGAGGAUAAAGGACUGCUGCAGUGCAGUAAGAAUGAUGAGGCUUUCAGCAGAGUUUCAGCAUGGAUUGAGACUCAGAAAAUGCCUGAAGUAGUAAGUCAAGGUUCUGGACAGAAGCAUUUGGACUUUCCCCAGAGGACAGUUAAAUACUUCUCUGUUAUCAGUGUAAACACACUGGAUUCUCACAAACGCUUUCUUGGACUACUCAGUAAACUAGUCCCAGCACUGCAGGAGGUGUCUUCAGUGGAAGAGUGUGAUGUCGUCUUUGGGUUUUACCCUGUUGUUUCACAAGCCGAUUUUGAUAUUAAACACACACAAGAAACCCUUCAUAGUGUAGCAGGUUCUAAACCUGCUGUUCUAGUGGUGCUUCAUCACACUUUAAACCCAGAGAGCUUUGUUCAUGACAGCAGUGCAUCUGUGACCAGAGAGAAGACAAUUGCAGUGGACUGUCUGUUCCAUGAGGAUCAUCAUGGACUACUGAGAUGCCAGAAUAAUGAUAAAGCACUGGCCAGAGUUGCCAGCUGGUUAAGUGCGGUCAUGGAGUGAGAGCCCACAGGAGGACUUGAGGUACCUGUACCAGCUGUGAGACCAUGAAGAACCUCUGAAGAUUGUUAUGGUGAAGAUCAGCCAGAAAGACAAUUAGUAU